ACCAAACACGCCCAAAAUAAGAAAAAUAUCAAAAGAUAAAAGAAAAUGCAACCGUGCACCAAAAUAUACGCUCCAUCGUAUAUCUAUCAACAAACCCAAAGGAGAUGGAAGAGUAACAUCGAUUUCUCUCUUCUUUCUUUCUCAAAAGGCAAUCAUAGCUGCAAUUUCUUUCUGGCUAUAUGAAUAUUCAUUACACCAUCUCUGUUUCCUUCACUUGUUAUAACCUGUGAAAUUCUACCAAAAAUCCAGUCGUUCCAUCAAUGGUUACUUGUGCUCUUUCCCACCUUCUCCUCCUCUUCCUUGCUCUUCUCCCACUUUCCACCGUUGCCCAAACUUCCGGCAGCAGCAUAAACUUGGGCGACUCUCUCUCAACCGAUGGAACUUCUUUGGUUUCACCGUCUGGCGAUUUUGCCUUUGGAUUCUAUCGCCUCCAAGACGAAGACCUCUUCUUGCUUGCCAUCUGGUUCGACAAGAUCCCUGAGAAGACUAUAGUCUGGUCUGCAAAGGUAGAUACACCAGUACCGAGAGGAUCAAAGGUCGAGCUAAGGACCGACGGCCAGCUCGUGCUCACCAACCAACAAAACCAAGAAAUAUGGAGGGCUAACGGCAUCAACGGCACCGCCGCUCGUGCUGCUAUGCUCAACAAUGGAAACUUUGUGCUUACGAGAACCGAUUCCACAGUCGUAUGGCAGAGCUUCAACAACCCAACCGAUACGAUCUUGCCUGAGCAGGUAUUGGAUAAGUCGGGCAGACUCGCUUCUCAUGAAACAGAGACCAACUACUCCAGUGGGAGGUUCGAACUACGUAUGCAGGAUGACGGCAAUCUUGUGCUCUACACCGUGGAGCGCCUCACCAGACUCGCUUAUUCUGCUUACUGGAAUAGCAAGACUGUUGGAAACGGUUCUCAGCUGGUCUUCAACCAGACGGGCUAUAUCUACCUCUCACUAACGAACGGAACUGUAUUCAACCUCACAAACAACCAGGUUUCCAUCCCCAGCGGAGGUUUCUAUCACAGGGCGACCCUGGAUUUCGAUGGAGUUUUCAGGCAAUACAUCUACCCGAAAACACGCCGGACCGAUGGAAGUUGGGAGCAGUCGUGGAGUAGCGUGCAGUUUGUGCCAUCCAAUAUUUGCACGGCUAUUAUAGGAGCCGUAGGUGAUGGAGCUUGUGGGUUCAACAGCUAUUGUAUGCUGGAAGGCGAGCGGCAGAGGCCUAGUUGUAAGUGCCCGCCAGGGUACACUUACUUGGAUCAGAAUAACACAUUCAAAGGAUGCAAACAAGAUUUCAUUUCGCAAAGCUGCGAGAUGGAUGGAUUAAGAGCAGAGGCACGGUAUGAAAUGGUACAGGUGAUGAACACGGAUUGGCCGCUGUCCGACUUCGAGCACUAUAAUCCCAUUAACGAGGACCAGUGCCGAGACGCUUGCUUGGUCGAUUGUUUCUGUGCGGUCGCCAUCUUCAGAGGAGGACAGUGCUGGAAGAAGAAACUACCGCUCUCAAAUGGGAUGAUGGACCCUGACAACGGCUCAAAGGCACUCAUCAAAGUGGCAAGAGGUAAUUCCACAUCGCCACCUCUUCCUCCGCCAGGCACCAGCAAAGAGAAGAAAGAUGAAAAGACCGUGGUACCGAUCAUAUCAGCAAUUUUGGGCAGCUCUGCGUUUCUCAACUUCUUCCUUCUGUCAUUGAUUUUGUGGUUUAUUUUCUUCACAAACCAUAAAAAAUUGGUGAAACUCCAGCCAGAUUCCAGCGCGAUCGGGGUAAAUCUCCGCUCUUUUACAUACAUUGAGCUGGAGAAAGUCACGGAUGGGUUCAAGGAAGAACUCGGAAGGGGUUCCUGUGGCACUGUUUAUAAAGGCCUGCUAGAGUCGGAUCGUGCAAAUUUUGUGGCAGUGAAGAGGUUAGAUAAAGUGGUGAAAGAAGCUGAGAAGGAAUUCAAGACCGAAGUGAGUGCAAUAAGCCGAAUUCAUCAUAAGAAUCUGGUCCAAUUGAUAGGAUUUUGCGAUGAGGGGCCCCACCGGCUGCUGGUGUAUGAAUAUAUGAGCAAUGGCUCUUUGGCAAGCUUCCUCUUCGGCAGUCCAAGGCCCAGCUGGAACCGAAGAACACAGAUUGCAUUUGGGAUCGCAAGAGGGCUCACAUACUUGCACGAGGAGUGCGGGAACCAGAUCAUCCAUUGUGACAUAAAGCCCCAAAACAUAUUAUUGGAUGACAACUUCACAGCAAGGAUUUCUGACUUCGGGCUCGCAAAGCUUCUCAUGACUAACCAGACUCGAACUACCACAUGCAUCAGAGGGACCAGAGGAUACCUCGCACCUGAAUGGUUCAAGAACAUGGCAGUCACUGCAAAGGUGGAUGUGCAUAGUUUCGGUGUUAUGUUGCUGGAGAUCAUCUGCUGCAGGUCUAACGUCCUCCAUGAUCUUGAGGACGGAGAUGAUGCGAUAUUGACAGAUUGGGUUUGUGAUUGCUAUAAAGAGGGGAGAAUAGAUAAGCUAGUUGAGAAUGACGAAGAGGCAUUGCACGAUCCAAGGAAGCUUGAGAGGAUGCUGAUGGUGGCAAUUUGGUGCAUUCAGGAGGAUCCAUCCCUGAGGCCUUCAAUGAAGAAGGUCACACAGAUGCUAGAAGGAGCCGUGGAAGUCGCUGUUCCACCCGACCCCUUCUCUUUUAUCAGUUCACUAGCUUGAAAAUGCACCAUCCUCCAAUGCGGAUGGUAGGUGCUCAUGAAGAAUGUGCAUGUUCACACUCCCAUUCGAUCAAGUACUUGCUAUGUAUCAAUGCCCUUUGCAAAUCAACGCCAGCCUAGUCAGUAUAAUCAAGUUUGGGCUCAUUUGCAGCCUAGUGCAUCUGGGUCAUCAAGCACUUAAUAAGACCAUCAUUUAUGUUAGUUGAAGAUGUCUAAUAGUUACAAUCUAUGGCGCUGAUGUUGCGUUGCCUAUUACCCUUUAUCAAAGGCUAUCUUGUGAUUUGAAUGACA